AAAUCAAUAAUUAAAAUAAAUAAAGCAAAUAAAAUUUUCAAUUAAUACAUAUACUGCAAGUGUUUGUCAUAUAUUUUCUGCCUUAAAAAUAUUUCAGAAUAUAAUAUAAGUUUAAUUUAUUAUUCAAUAAGAAAUUAUUAAAAUAAAAAUUAUAAAUUGCGUGCAAAAUGAACAAAUAUUUGUCGAGUACUUUACUUGUGCUCAUAAUAAUUGGCUCAUUUGUUGGCUCAGAAUCGCAAGCAUAUGAGGGACGGGUGAGUCCGAGCGCUGCUCUAUAUUGCGGUGAAUCGGCGUUUAGUUGCCGUCAAAGGGGUGAAAAUCCGGCCAAAUGUAGCCAACAGUACAAGGAUUGUGUGGCACAACACAACAGAAUCUACAAUCAGAGACCCAAAAGACCUUUACGCUUCUUUUUGUUAUACUUUUUGGGUUUCUUUCGGGACGUGUUGUCAGCGCUUUGCCUGCGUUUGGCAGACGUGUUGUUGACUUCCGGUUUGGGCUUUACUUCGCGAAACAUGCCGUCAAAACGCUUUUCAAUUGACACCAACUUCUCAGUAAAACGUAUCGCACGACACGAUUGGGAGAACCAAGUGUCGAGGAAGCCAUUGGGUGCCCACCACCUGACCUCCGAGUGCUUACUUGCCGCCCAAUUGAUGCCAUUCUUCAACAUCUCUCUAGUGAUCACGUCCUGGAAGUGUGGCUCAUGUGAGCCAGCCAAGUGUCGAGGAAGCCAUUGGGUGCCCACCACCUGA